GAAGGAAUAGAAUCCUUAAAUAUCCCGCUCUCCGCCUCCGAAGCUGACUUUGGAUUUUGGAGUAAUCAACAAAUUGGUAGGUCUCUGUGAGUCAAAAGAAAGAGAAGACACAGACUGAGAGGAAGGGCGUGUAGCGUAGUGAUGGCGAUGUCCGUACAGCCUAAUGAACAAAGCUUAUGGGACUGUGUGUUGGAGAUGACGAAGGCCGCGCAGGAGAAGAAUAGCGACCCUAUCGUUUGGGCAGUUCAACUGACUUCAACUCUUAACUCGGCUGGAGUGCCUCUGCCUUCAACUCACCUCGCUUAUGUACUAAUCUCUCACAUCUGCUGGGACAAUCACGUCCCCAUUGCCUGGAAGUUUCUCGAGAAGGCCUUGCAUGUCGGGAUCGUCCCUCCCUGUCUCGUACUUGCCCUUCUUUCCUCCAGGGUCAUUCCAAACCGGCAGCUCCACCCUGCGGCAUAUAGGCUUUAUAUGGAACUCCUCAAGCAGCAUGCAUUUUCAUUUUUAUCACUUGUCAAUGGAUCAAAUUAUUCUAAGAUCAUGAAAUCCAUUGAUGAAGUCCUUCAUCUCUCCCAGAUAUUUGGCCUAAAAGUCUGUGAAUCUGGCAUUCUAGUUGCUUACGUCUUUUCUGUUGUGUUGCAAUUACUAGAUGCAUCAUUAGAUGAUGAAAGCCUUUUGGAAAUUGCUCCAGAAAAGAAUUUUAGAUGGCCAACCAAACCACAAGACACAAAAAUGGACUGUCUUGAUAUCUUCAAUGUGAAAAGAACUGAGCACCACGAAGGACUUUGCAAAGCAAAUACUACCAUGGCCAUUGAGUUAGUUGGAGAGUUUCUUCAAAACAAAGUCACUUCAAAAAUACUUUACUUGGCUUGUCAAAACAUGCCAUUACAUUGGGAAGGUUUUGUUCAGCAACUAAAAUUUCUUGUGAUGAAGUCAACUGCAUUGAGAAAUUCAAAACAUAUUACACCAGAUACCCUUCUGCAGUUGAUGUCUGGUAUGCACAGUGUUUUGUCCGGGGAAUGUAAAAGAACAUCAAAAGAGGUUCAUGCAAUCAUAAAUACUAGUUCUUUAAUAUCUUCUUCUGGUCAGUCUAAUGUAACUACUCAGUCUGCAUUGUGGCUUCCGAUUGAUUUGUUUCUCGAAGAUGCCAUAAACGGAAGUCAAGUUGCAGCAUAUAGUUCCAUUGAAAUUCUUACUGGUUUAGUAAAGGCUCUGCAGGCGUUUAAUGGUACUUCAUGGCUUGAUACAUUCUUAGGUCUAUGGAUUGCAGCUUUAAGGCUUGUUCAAAGGGAAAGGGAUCCAAGUGAAGGUCCUGUACCUCGUCUUGACAGUUGCUUGUCCAUGUUGUUGUCUAUUACAACGCUUGCGGUUGCUGAUAUUAUUGAGGAAGAUGAAAGUGAACUGAUAGAGGAAACUGAACACAGCCCAAGCAGUCAUGGGCAAGAGAAGCAUGCUCCAGGAGACCGGCGAAAGGAUUUAAUUGCUAGCCUACAGCUGCUAGGUGAUUAUGAGUACUUGUUGACUCCACCUCAAUCUGUUCGUUCAAUAGCAAAUCAGGCGGCUGCCAAAGCAAUUAUGUUUGUUUCAGGUGUCACAGUUGGUAAUGGUUAUCACUAUGAAAGUGUGAGCAUGAAUGACUUGCCAAUAAACUGUCCUGGAAACAUGCGACAUCUAAUUGUUGAGUCUUGUAUUGCUAGGAAUCUGCUAGAUACUUCUGCAUAUCUCUGGUCAGCUAAUGUGAAUGGACGAAGUAACCAAAUACCCCGUAAUGUUAAUACCCAAACACAAGGGUGGUCUUCAUUGAUGAAGGGGACCCCUCUAACUCCAGCAUUGAUUAAUGCUCUAAUUGCUACUCCAGCUUCUAGUUUAGCAGAAAUAGAGAAGGUAUAUGAGAUUGCUGCCAAUGGUUCAGAUGAUGAGAAGAUAUCCACUGCUAUGAUUCUUUGUGGGGCAUCUCUAGUUCGUGGUUGGAGUAUUCAGGAAAACACCAUUCUUCUCAUUAUAAAAUUGUUGUCACCUGAAGUUCCUGCAGUUCAUUCUGGGAGUGAAAGUCAUUUAAUUGGUUAUGCUCCAUUUCUAUAUGUUCUUCUUGUUGGAAUAUCAUCUGUAGAUUGCGUGCAGAUUUUGGCACUGCAUGGCUUGGUUCCGCUACUUGCAGGUGCAUUGAUGCCCAUUUGUGAGGUUUUUGGAUCAAGCAUUCCCAACGUCUCAUGGACUCUUCCAACAGGGGAAGGGUUAUCUAGUCAUGCAGUUUUCUCCAGUGCAUUUACCCUUCUUUUGAGGUUAUGGAGGUUUGAUCAUCCCCCUCUUGAACAGGUAGUAGGACACAUGGCAGGUCCUUUGAAGUCCCAACUAAGUCCAGAGUAUCUAUUGUUAGUUAGGAACUCUAUGUUAGCCUCUUGUCGAAAAUCACCCAAGAAUGAAUUUAAAACCAAGAGAUUUUCAAAAGUCUUAACUAUGCCUUCGGGUCCCAUAUAUUUAGAUUCUUUUCCCAAAUUUAAGUUCUGGUACCGACAGCAUCAAGAAUGUAUUGCUUCCACCCUCUCCGGUCUUGAACAUGGGACACCUGUUCAUCAGCUUGUUGAUGCCCUCCUCAAUAUGAUGCUUAGAAAGAUUAACAGAAGUGGGACUCCUUUAACUCCUACAACUUCUGGAAGUACUAAUUCAUCUGGGUCUGGAGUGGAGGAUGUGUCAAUUAGGCUCACAGUACCAGCUUGGGAUAUCCUGGAAGCAACCCCUUUUGUUCUUGAUGCUGCUCUGACUGCCUGUGCCCAUGGAAGGCUCUCACCUCGUGAACUAGCAACAGGGCUAAAAGAACUUGCUGAUUUUCUUCCAGCGACUCUGGCAACCAUAGUUAGCUACUUUUCAGCAGAAGUAACACGAGGUAUAUGGAAGCCUGCUUUUAUGAAUGGAACUGACUGGCCAAGUCCUGCUGCUAAUUUAACCAGUGUUGAGCAACAGAUCAAGAAAAUCCUAGCUGCCACUGGUGUUGAUGUCCCAAGCCUUGAGACUGGGGGUAGUUCACCAGCUACACUUCCUUUGCCCUUGGCUGCUCUGGUUAGCCUCACAAUAACAUAUAAAGUUGAUAAAGCUUCUGAACGUUUUCUCACUGUAGUUGCCCCUGCCUUAAGUUCUCUUGCCAUUAGUUGCCCCUGGCCGUGCAUGUCUAUCAUAGCCUCCCUAUGGGCCCAGAAAGCAAAGCGUUGGAGUGACUUCCUUGUGUUUUCUGCUUCUCGAACAGUGUUCCACCAUAGUAGUGAUGCUGUAGUUCAGCUCCUUAGAAGCUGUUUCACAUCCACUCUUGGAUUGAGUUCCUCCCACGUUUGCAGCAAUGGUGGUGUUGGUGCUCUCCUUGGCCAUGGAUUUGGCUCACACUUAUCUGGUGGGAUCUCCCCAGUUGCCCCUGGCAUUCUCUACUUACGAGUGCACCAAUCUGUUAGAGAUGUAAUGUUUGUGAAAGAAGAGAUUGUCUCUCUUUUGAUGCAUUCUGUAAGAGAUAUUGCUAGUGGUGGGUUACCGAGGGGAAAAUCAGAGAAAUUGAAGAAGACCAAGUAUGGGUUGAGAUGUGGACAAGUUUCUCUUGCCGGAGCCAUGAUGCGUGUGAAGAAUGCUGCUUCACUGGGAGCUUCAUUAGUUUGGAUGUCAGGUGGAUUAUGUUUGGUAAAAUCUUUGAUCACAGAAACUUUACCUUCAUGGUUUAUAUCUGUUCAUGGACCAGAGCAGGAAGGGGGAGAGUCUGGUGUCAUGGUUGCUCUGCUGGGGGGUUAUGCACUCGCGUACUUAGCGGUGCUUAGCGUGUCAUUUGCUUGGGGUGUGGAAGUAGAAUCACGAUAUUCAAAGAAGCGGCCAAUGGUUAUUGGGGCUCACCUAGAAUUUCUAGCAAGUGCACUGGACGGGAAGAUAUCGCUUGGUUGUGAUGCUGCAACAUGGCGGGCUUACGUGUCAGGUUUUGUGAGCUUGAUUGUAGAAUGCGCGCCAACAUGGAUGCAAGGGGUAAAUGUGGACGUACUGAAAAGGUUGAGUAAGGGCCUGAGGCAGUGGAACGAAAAGGACUUAGCUUUGGCCCUUCUGGGAAUUGGUGGUGUUGGUGCAAUGGGUGCAGCUGCUGAACUCAUUGUGGAAUGCGGGAUUUGAAUUCUUAUAAAAGCUAAAUAUGCUUGAUUAACUUGGUAUUGGUACAGUUAGUGCAAGUAGAGUUAAAAAAAGUUUAUUUAAGCAAUUUAUAUAGUUCAGAUUAAAUUUUACAUA